GAAGAAGAGAAGACGGACGGGGAAAGGGGGAGAAAAAAAUCAUAGGAAUUACUCCUGUUUACAACAACAUAAUGGAGCCCAGAUGGCUGAAUAACGUUUGCAGCCGUAUUUUAUGGACUGGGUUUACGUUAUAUGUCGUUUUCGUCACCGAACCUACGUCUGCAAUCGAUAUCUACGUCGAUCCUGAGGUGGUAGUUCAGAACGGCACCAAAGGAGUCCUGCGGUGCACCUUCAAGUCCAGUGCGGUGGUCAGCACCUGGACCUCGGUGACCUGGAGCUUCCAGUCAAGUCAGCCCGACCAUCAGUUCUCCAAAGCUCCAUAUGUGAUUUACCAUUUUUCCAACGGGAAAGGAUUUCCAGGGGAGCACGAGUUCAAAGACCGGGUCCAGUUCAUCGGAGACAUCAACAAGAAGGACGUGUCCAUCCAGCUGAACCCGGCCCAGUUCAGCGACAACGGGACCUUCUUCUGUGACGUGAAGAACCCGCCGGACGUGAAGGGAACGCAGGCUCGGACCGAGCUCAGGGUGGUUCUGAAAGAGUCCUUUCCUCAGAGCCAAACUGCGGUUCUAAUCGGAGGAGUUUGUGGCGCUUUAAUCGUUCUCAUCAUCAUCGCCGUAGCUGCGUGCUUCGUCAUGCGGGUGCUCCACAACCGGCACGAGUACGAAGGAUGUACGACCCUGGAGAGCGUGAGCUCUCAGGCUCCGCGGCCACAAAAGAAGGCGGAGUCCAGGCGGGAGGGCUCCACGUGUUCCAGUCCCUCGGGUCCAGUACAGGGCCCGGUGAUAUACGCCCAGUUGGACCACUCGGGCAGUAAAAGCUCUUUCCAUAAGAUGGAGCCGGUCGUCUACGCUGACAUUCGGAAAAACUGAAGACGGGGACCAAAAAAACUGCAAAACAAAAUAAUAAUAAUGAAAACACACUAAAAAAUAAAAAGUUCGAGACCUCUCUAUUAGCUGCUCUCGGGGAGGGAGGGAAGAGUUCACCAGGGACAAAAAAAAAAGGUGCCGUUUCUUUUUUUUCUGUUGUUUUUUUUUUUGUCCUCUGAACGCAUGAAGUGUUCUAUGAAAAUGUCUAAACGUGCUUUGCUGGUAUAAAAAAAACAAAACAAAAAGGCUCCGUUUUACACAAUAUAUGAGCCUUGAAAAGACAGUAAGUUUAUCGCCAUCAUUCCAGCUGUAACAAUAUAAUUUGUGAUCUGUGUGACGUCGUGCCCCGUCCUCACGCCCACGAGGUGAAACAAGCUAGCAGACUGUUGCACCGACUCCAAACCACGAGAGAAAACUCUAAAAUCUCUUCUUACGUCUUAAAACUGCAGACUUUUAAAACAAAACAUUCCUUUGUUUAGUUGCACACGUUUGCUUUAAUUUAAUUUCUAUCGACUGACCAAACAGCGAAGCUUUUACUAAAUAUAAAGUGAUUUGGUUUGUUUUGGUGGUGUGUCAAAGAUGG